AUGGCAGUGAAUGUGACUCUGGAUCCAAACACGGCUCAUCCCAACCUCGUCCUGUCUGAGGAUCGGAAAAGUGUGAGACGGGGAGACACACGGCAGCGAGUGCCCAACAACCCCGAGAGAUUUGACUAUUGGGCCUGUGUGCUGGGCUGUGAGGGAUUCACCUUGGGGAGACAUUGCUGGGAGGUGGAGGUGGAGGUGGAGGAUGGCCGAUACUGGGCUGUGGGGGUGGCCAGAGAGUCUGUGGGGAGGAAGGGACGGAUCAGCCUCAGCCCUGAGGGGGGGAUCUGGGCUGUGGAGCAGCUGGAUCAGUUCCAGGCUCUCACCUCCCCUGUGACCCCCCUGCCCCUGAGCCGGGCCCCCAGCAGGAUCCGGGUUUGUCUGGACUGUGACCGGGGGCAGGUGACAUUUAUCGAUGCUGGUGACGAGGCCCCGAUCUUCACUUUCCCGCCGGGCUCCGUCCCUGGGGAGAGAAUCCGACCCUGGUUCUGGACCCUGCCGGUCAGACGCUUGCUCUGCGUGGAGUGCUGA